AUGAAUUCAAAUAAUUUAUUAAAAGUUUUAAUUGGUGGGGCUGCAGGUGCCAUUGUGUAUUGGGUGAUGAAAAAGACCGAUGAGGAAGAUGCACAGUACCGUGAGACACUACAACAAGAGAGAAACAACGCUGGUCCUCAAGCCAAUCGGAGAUUGCGAACACUCUCCAACUCAUCGUUGCUCGAGAAUCAAAAUGUUGCUGGCAACCUAAUCGAUCUCCUACAGAACACGCUGAUCGAGUAUAUACUUGGACAGGACACACAUCAUGUCAUCACGAUCGACAGCACUGCAACACUCGACUACGCACUGAUGCGUAUGAAUGAAUCGAACGUAUCAUCACUACCGAUUGUAGAUCUACAGAACAAGCGAUACAUCGGUAUGCUUUCGAUCAUUGAUGUAUGUUCGUACCUCGGUGCACACAACCCAACCGAAGUUGCACCAAACACCUCUGUUGCUGAAGUAUUAAAAUAUAAUAGAGAACCAUUCCUUCCAUUAUAUGUUAAUUCACCUAUUCAAUUACUCAUUCAUAUUAUGACACAAAAAGUACCACAAGUUGCAAUUAUGUCGAAUGAUACUAUUGUAGUAGAUAUAGUAUCAAGAUUGAAUGUUAUCAAAUUUAUUUAUGAAAAUAUAGAGGCAUUAGGAUCGAAAUCAAACUAUUCAAUUGCAUCAUUGAAUUUGAUGUCUAAAUCAGUUUGUACAAUUAAAUCCUCUGAAAAGGUUAUCGAUGCCAUCAACAAGUUGAAUAGCGAUCAAGUUACAGAGUUGGCCGUUGUUCAUCCAGAAACUGGUUUAUUAGUAGGAAGUUUCAGUGCAAGUGAUUUAAGAAAAUUAUCAAUUUAUACAUUCAAUAGAUGUUAUGAACCUAUUUCAUCAUUCAUAAAAUUAAGAGAGGAUAUCGAUGAGAAUCAAUUGAUCAAUCCAUCUUCAACACUAAGAUCGACCAUUAGAAAGAUGGUUGAACACGAAGCACCAAUUCUCUGGGUGGUCGACUCUCAAAUGAAACCAAUCUCAUGUGUAUCACAAUUAAAGCAAAAAGAUAGAUUUUUGUCAUUGGCAUUGGAUUUAAUUGAAUUGGAAUUAUUGGAUUUUUUUUGUUUUUCAAUUUACACAUUUAAAUCAUAUGCAACAACAACAACCAAUUACCAAGAAGGAAGUUGUUGUUUAUCUAAAUAUUUAUAUAGUAAUUCAAACAAUAUAACAAUAUAUGAAUAG